AUGAGCGGCCCCGGCGUUGGCUUCCAGUAUCCUCCCCAGGAGGUUACAUGGCUGAAGCGGGAUGUCCUGCUUUUCGCAAACAGCAUUGGCUGCACUGCCGAUGAGCUGCAAUACCUCUAUGAAUUACACCCCAACUUUGCUGUCUUCCCAACAUAUCCUGUGAUUCUACCAUUCAAGGGUGCAUCGCAGGAAGUCAUCGACUUUUACAAGUCGCAAAAGGCCGUCCAAAUACCUGGAGUGCCAUCGUUUGAUUAUGCCCGCGUCGUCGAUGGCCAGCGCCUGAUUCAGUUUCUCAAGCCUCUGCCAACUUCGUCAGAGGGCAAGAAGUUUGAGCUUCGGACCAAGGUGCUCGGCGUGUACGACAAGGGCAGGCCUGGCUCCGUGCUCGACAUCCAGCAGGACCUGGUCGAGGUUGAGUCUGGAGAGGUCUACUCUCGUGCCAUCGGGAGCUCAUUCUUCGUUGCGCAGGGUAAUUGGGGCGGACCGAAGGGUCCUGCGACCGUCAACUUCCCUCCUCCGAAGGGAAAGCAACCCGAUCUAGUCUUUGAAGACCAGACGACUAGGCAGUCAGCGCUGCUAUACCGCCUCAAUGGUGACUACAACCCGCUGCACGCUACGCCCGAACCUGGAAAGAAGAUGGGCUUUGGAGGCGAUAUCAUGCACGGACUGUACUCAUUCAACUCAACUUGUCACGGGAUCCUGAAGCAUCUCGGAGGGAGCAAGCCAGAGAAUAUCAAGGAGUUCCAAACACGUUUCGCUAGCCCGGUGAAGCCGGGAGAUAAGCUGGUUACCUCUGUAUGGAGGACUGGUGAGAUUAAAGAUGGCUUUGAAGAGAUCAGAUUCGAGACGAAGGUUGAGGGCGGCAAGGUUUGCUUGAGCAAUGGUCGGGCGCUGAUCAAGGUUGUCGACGCAGCCAAGAGCAAGCUGUAA